CUCCCAUUCGUCGCGAGCAAACGUUCUCUGGACCUGCCGAGCCAUGAAUAGAAGUGGGCUGGCGAACAGCACGCUGGAGAUGCUGACCAAUUCUAUGCUGCACCACACCUUGCCCACCAUCUACCUGGCCAUCUUCCUCAUCAGCACCCCCCUCAACGCCCUCUCCCUCUGGCUCCUCUGCUGCCGCAUGUGGCCCAAGACGCCCACCAUGAUCUUCUCCAUCAACCUGGCCGUCACCGACCUGCUCUACAGCCUGACCCUGCCCUUCCAGAUGGCCUACCACUGGAACUGGAACAACUGGCAGGUCGGCGAGCCCCUCUGCCGGCUGGUGACCGUCCUCUUCUACGGCAACAUGCACUGCUCCAUCCUGACCGUCACGCUGAUCAGCGUGGAGCGCUACCUGGGCAUCGUCCACCCGCUGCGCACAUCCCACCUCCGCACCAUCAGAGCGGCAUCCGUCCUCUGUGUCGCCACCUGGUUCUUUGUCCUCACCGUCCACGCGCCCCUCAUCUACUCCGAGCUGACCUACAAGGUCACGGUCCUGAACAUCACCACCUGCUUUGACGUCAUGAGGCGCGACAUGUUCCCCACCAUCAAUCAUUUCUACCUGUACUACUCAAUUCAAAUCGUUCUCUUCUUCCUGCUCCCGUUCAUCAUCAUGGUGGUGUGCUACUCCAAGAUCAUCAGGGCCUUGUUGAAGACCUCGGCGAAGGAGAUGAGGGAGUCGAGGAAGCAGAUUGUCUACCUGACAGCUGUGGUGCUGUUGGUUUUCACCAUCUGCUACCUGCCCACCCAGAUCAUCAUGAUCAUCCAUUUUGUGCUCUCCAGACAGGGCAGGCCGAUCUAUGUCAUCUACAAGUUCUCCCUCACUCUGAGCAGCCUCAACGGCUGCUUCGACCCACUGCUGUACUACUUUGCCUCGAAGGAGUUCCGGAGGAAGACGCAGAAACUGUGCCCGUGCAUUCCUGUCGAUGAAGGCGACAAGACUUUGAGUAACACUAUGCAAGCUCUGGCUCCCAAGGGCAGUCGGUAGCAAGGUCGAAGGGAGGUGAGGUCUCCCUACUUGUUGCACCACACCUUGCCCACCAUCUUCGUCAACAGAGCCCCCUCCCAAUGCCCUCUCCCUCUGGCUGCUCCACUGCCCAAUGUGGCCCAAGACCCUCACCAUGAUCCAACGACCACAGGCAGUCGGUACCAUGGCCAAAGGGAGGUGAGGUCUCCCUACUUGAGUUAAUGGAGAAACGUUCUCUGGUGCCUUUGACCUUCAGACCAGUGACGAUGGACAAGGAGGUCCUCACUGUCCCGGUUCCAAAUAGAAAGUGAGUGGACGCCAGGCACACAGUCGGUCAGGUUACGGUUUAGUUUAUUGUCACGUGUACCGAGGUACAGUGAAAAGCUUUGUUUGUGUGCUAUCCAGUCAGCGGAAAGACUAUACACAAUUCCUUCGUCGAUUGUAAGCGAUAGUGCGCAAAGACCAGUUCGUUGGUCAUACAUUUCAUGGUCUUUAGACCUUCAUUCGGUGAUAUUCCCAUUUUCUGUAUCUUCCAUCGUGUCCUCUGGGGGUUUUCGAAGGAUAACCGUAGACGCAGAAGAUAAGAAGGCGAGCACAUGGAGGGCGGCGGGGAGACGCGCAAGCGCAGAACCAGCGCCCGGGCGAUGGAGAGCUUGGAGGGACCCAAUCAGAACA